CCUCCACGCUUUUAAUUCUUUACAACUUAUUCUCUUCUCAAUUUUCAAUACGCUUCUCUAACUUUCUCUCUCCACCCCCGCGUUCCCAAUCUGACUCAGAAAGCUAUGAAGCAGUUGAUCCGCAAGCUCUCCCGAGUCGCCGACUCGUCGCAGUACACUCUCCUCCGGUUUGAGUCCCGCAGGGAGCGCGGCACGGCGGUUCCAAAGGGCCACGUGCCGGUCUAUGUGGGCGAGGAGAUGGAGCGGUUCGUGGUGAACGCCGAGCUGCUGAACCACCCGGUUUUCGUGAAGCUCCUGAACCGGUCGGCUCAGGAGUACGGUUACGAGCAGAAGGGCGUGCUACGAAUCCCCUGCCACGUCAUCGUCUUCGAGCGAGUCCUCGAAGCGCUUCGACUUGGCCACGACUCGGGCGAUCUCCGCGUCAUCCUCAGUUCCUCUCCUGAAGAGUUUUGCUAG